AACACUGCAACACAUAGGUUGUGCAAUUCAAUAUGGCGACAAGUGCGAGGAUUUUUAGACAAAGUUUUCGAGCUGCUCAACAGUUAAGAUUAGAUGGUUAUAAAGCACAUGGUCUUACAUGUAGUAAGCACGUGUCCAUCUUAAGGAAAAAGUUAUGUUAUGGUGAAACUGCUCGGCCGUUGGCAUCUUUUUGUGGAUUGCUAAACAGUCCAGCUAAAUUGAACAUGAAAUCAAAAAUGUCGUUUGCCCCCCAGCAAGUUACAAAUGUCAGUUUGAUUGCUAGAAGUGAUAUUUGUAUCUCAACUGGAUCAGAUGAAAGCACUGUGGCUGCACCUGAGGGUAGUGAUUCUAGUUGUGAAGCUAUGGAAGGACCUCAUGGUGAGGAUGAUGGACUAGUAAUUACUGGCAUUUCAAGAGGAGAUGAUUUAUAGCAUUUGCUGCCUGGCUGAGUUUAAAAGAUCAUUUUAAUGCAUGUUGAACUAUGUUGCUUUUAAUAUAUGUAAAGAAAGAAAUUCUGGGUUGCUUGUAUUUACAUCAAUAAUAGCCCAACUAUACUCUGUCAGGCAAAGUGAUAUUACAUAGUUGGCUAUGAAAA